AUGUCCACAGUGUUCAAUUUGUUGAAGUUGUUUUCUAUGAAGAGUGUGUUCAGGAGCAGAACAUCGGGGUGUCUAACCAGACCCGUCAGACGAUACUACGCUGACACAUCCAAGUCAGACUCCAAAUCUAAACAAGUCGUGGCUCAGGGCACCGAGAAUGAGCAGCGGGUGCGCGUGCGCAGAGCUCGUGCUAGCGACGUGCCACGCGUGCUGCGCUUCGUACGUGAAAAUGUCCGCGUCGCUUUUCCCGUACUCGGCUCACCACCUCCCCCUCACAAUAUGAUACUGAACGACUAUGUCACUAGAGCGCUUGCUCAAGGUAAUGUUAAUUAAUUUUAGGCCCUUUUUAACCGACUUCAAAAAAGGAGGUUCUCAGUUUGACCCGAAUGUAUUUAUGUAUGUAUGAUUAUGCGAGAUUAUCUCACGUUUAGUUGAACCGAUUUUCAUGCGGUUUUCAGCAUAGCAUAUGUCAGACUUAGAAAAAGUUUUUAUGUAUAUCAAACGAUAAAAUAAAUGGAGGUUUGCAAGUAUUUUAAUAUUACCUAUUAUUAGAAGUAGUCUCUUUAUUAUUAUAAUUCUUGA